AUAUCGAAUCGUGUUGUACACUAGAAAUUAAUACAAUAUUUUAAGUCAACUAUACCUCCUUUUUCUUUUAAUUAAAAAAAUUUUUAAAGACUGGCUCCAAAUAAGCUGAGAAAUUAGAAAGGAGGAUCAGUUCGCAGCAGGCCAUUAAAAUUUCCCGCUGGAGUCCAGAACGCAGAUGCCAAAGGAACCUGCAGGGGUCCUGGCUACCGUCCCCGUCGGCCCCUCUCCUCCCAGCGCCAGUCCUCCCGGUUAAGGGGUCCUGCGACUUUAAUCUCCAGGCUCGCGGGCCGAAGGUUGCCCAGGGAGACGGACGCACAGAAGGCGGCGCGCCCCCCGGGCCUGGACCCGCCGGUGUCCUUUGGGCUAGCGGGGAUCCUGCUUCCCGCCUGCCACGGCCAACAUGCACUCGCAACGCAGCUUCGGAAAGCCCGAGAAGGAGCAGGGCCAGGAAGAGGAGGAAGAGGAGCAGGAGGUGAACGCGGAGGAAGAGGAGGAGGAGGAAGAAGAGGAGGCGGUGGAGAAGGAAGAGGAGGAGGAGGAGGAGGACCAGCAGGCCGUGGCGGAGCUGGAAAAGGAGCUGGAGGCCUUUGGGAGGUUCAGCGAGGAGUACUUCUCCAAGUUUUGGGACUUCGGAGAUGCCAAUGAGGAAGGCUGGCCUCGCCCCCGCUUAGUCAGCGUCGUCAGCCCCAGCCUGAGCUCAACGCUGACGCUCAGGACGCCGAGCCUGUCGUGGUGGAGCCAGACGUCUGUGCCCAGCGAGAGCGCCCCCUCCAGGAUCUCCUCCCAAAAAAGUUUUCCAAAAAUAUUUCAGACAUUUAGGAAAGACAUGUCUGAAAUGAAUUUUGAUAGGGCUAUCUAUCACAGUCUGCAUCCAAAAGUUCCAGUAUCAAUACAAACAGAAGAAAGUUGGCUUCAAGAAUUGGCUGACAUGGAGAAGCCCAAGAAGAAAGUGCCCUCUGUAAAGAAGGAGAAUGAACCUGAAAAUCUAGCAUCUAAGUUAAGAGCAAAAUGGAUAAUUAACCCAGAAGAACCAAAACUAAGUAUUUUAUGUGAACUGGAGUUUAAGGAAGACUUCAUAACACUCUUUGAGCCCUCUCUGAGAACAUUACCCAGCAUCGGGCCACCAUCUAUUCUGACAUUCAAACAAGAGAGUUCCAAUUUAGGCAUUAAGUUCAAGGAAGAAGAGGAGGAGGAAUCACCCAAGUGUGAAUUCUGUGGGAGCGACCUAAGAACAUUUCUCUCCAGUGUGGAUGUUUCCUCUGAUUACAGCAGCUCUGAACUGCCAGAACAUACCUCCUGUUGUGGUCAUUUCCAAAGUCUGGUCGACUACAUCUGUGAAGAAAACCAAAAAAUCCAGAGCUCUAAAACUGAAUUAAUCAGUAUUAAUCCUCAUGCCGCCCACGGCAGUGAAGUUGACAGACUCAAAGCGAAAGAAAAAGCUUUGCAGAGAAAACAAGAGCGACAAAUGGCCAAACACUAUGAAAUACUAGCAAAAGAACAGCCUACUUUCUCUGAAGAAGAUGCAAAACACUAUAAGACAAUUUCUUAUCAACUUUCUGUGGAUAUUCCAGAAAUAGAGUCAGUUAAGGAAGAACUAACUGAUUAUCAACUGAACAAAAGAAACAUAUCCAUUGUUUGCUGUGAUUCUAGGAUAGCAUGUGGAAAGAUCGUGACGAAUGAGCUCUUUGAAAAGCACUACAAACAUGGGAGCAAGUUUCUGACUUCAUUUCCAGACGGGACAACGCAAAUAUUUUACCCAUCUGGAAACCUAGCCAUCAUCCGAGUGCCCAACAAGAUAAAUGGCUUCACUUGUAUAGUCCAAGAAGACAUGCCCACUAACCCUGCAAUCCUGGCAUUGCUAGAUUCUUCUGGUAGAAGUUCCUGCUAUCAUCCCAAUGGAAAUGUCUGGGUAUACAUCAAUAUCUUGGGUGGUCAAUAUUCAGAUCAAGCUGGCAACAGAGUAAGGGCUUGGAAUUGGUCAAGUUCCGUCACUUCCUCACCCUUUGUUUCAUUUAAACCUGUGUUUCUGGCUUUGAACCAUUAUGUUGGAAUCCGCAUCUUAGAACAAGACAAGAUUUCAAUCACUUUUCUAGCAAUGGGCCAACAGGCAAGAAUCAGUGUCGGAACCAAAGUGAAGCUGCUAAAUGCUAAGGAGAUUCCAGCGCUCCGAUACCUGAACGGGGAUGACCUUCUUCUGCUGGCCAGUUUAAUAAAGAUCCGACGCCUGUUUCAUAAACUGGAAGGAUGUGUGAAUUUCCCCUCCAGCCAGGUUUGGGAAAAAUUAAAGCAACCUUCCUACCUUUCUUCACUUUCUCUAAAACUAAUUGCCCUUUGUCACAAUUCUGGUAUGAAGCAAGACAUAAUAACAACAAUAGCAGCUAUGAUAAAUGAAAACAUUUAACAAAUGAUGAUGGUGCUUUCAUUUGUUCUGCUGUGUUUUUCUGGGAGGCAGUGUGGGAGAUCUCAAGAAAAGUGUAUACAAUGACUAGGAAAUACCAAGAAAUGGGCUUUAUUACAAAUUUGGAGCACAUCCUGAGUCAUCCCUGGUUUGCACUCUUGGUCAGAAAACUAAACCACUGACUUUGUGGACAACAGAGAAUGAGUAAGUCAGCCAAAGGCCUUAUUUUUCAGUCAGAGUUCCAUCAGGAAAACAGAAAGCAGGGAGGGAGCAGGUGCUUUCACAACCUCCUGAAAAGCUGGGAAAGUGAAGGUCAAGGAACAGCUCUGCUAUUUGGGAAAAUGAGGGAAUCUCAGGAAGCCGUCUAUGGGGUCACACAGAGUCGGACACAACUGAAGUGACUUAGCAGCAGCAGCAGCAGCAGGAAGUCACAAAGCCAACAGCACCAAGGGAGAGAGUGGCAGGAGUUACUCACACU